AUGCGUGGUACGCGCAGCACUCAGACGCCAGAGGCUUUUCAGAUGAAAACCAAAGGCUGCUUCCGCCUGCUAUUGGUAGAGUUACGCCACAGUCUCAUGGAGAUGUUGCCUGGUUUGAUAGUCCUUCAACUGCUCUAUUUGGCUGAUUGCUAUCCCAAUGGCGCUCCCACUGGUGCCUGUGAGGACAUGUUACCCCGCCAUGUUGGAGUGCUGCCUCAGCCUUCACGGGCUCCCUACGCUCUUCCCACCAACAUGAGGACAUACCAGCCGGGGGUGCACGUCACAGUGACGAUUGUUGGACCAGAUUACAGAGGGGUGCUUGUGACAGGUGCCAGCACCAACGCCCUGGGGGGCUGGAUGCUCCCUCCUCCAGACACUACAUUUCUCCAGUGCUCAGGGAAUGCACAAGGUGCUGUGUCUCAUGCCAAUACCAACCUGAAGGGAAACAGCUCUGUGUACACCUGGGUAGCACCAGAUACUGUACUAAGUCCUGACUAUUUCAUGGCCACAGUAGCUCAGCCACGCACUGUCUACUGGAUCAAUGUGAGGUCCACCACUCUGUCAAGUGAAAAGCUCAGUGGUAUCGGCCUAGCUACAGAUGCAAGUGCAGGAAUGGCUGAUCAGAAACCCUUCCUUCUCUUUUUAAUUUGCUUUUUGUUGUUACAAAGUCUGGCUUGA